AUGUCUAACCGGGGUCCAGUAGAUGACAGGGAACAGGGGUUCACAUUCCGACACUUCAGAAAUAUCAUCGAUGGUAAACCCACGACGACACUUGAAACGCGGUUUUCUAUUAAUCCGUCUACGGGAGAGUCAAAUGCACCGGUUCCAGUGUCUACAAAAGAGGAUUUAGAUCUUGCUGUUAGUGCCGCUAGAAGGGCGUUGAAGGGGUGGGCUGCUACGCCCUGGGAUGAGAGGAAGGAUGCGUUGUUGAAGCUUCUGAAUGCGGUUGUAGAGAAGAAAGAGGAGUUUGCGAAGUUGUUGGUGCAGGAGCAGGGGAAGCCGUUGAUGUUUGCAUUAUCGGAGGUGGCGGCUGGAGCCAGAGAGGUACAAGCUUUGAUGACCAUUAAACUUGAAGAUGAGGUUAUUGUUGAAGAAGGUGGAAGGAAGGUUAUUAGACGUUAUGUACCAAUAGGGGUUGGCGGGGCUAUUGUUCCAUGGAAUUUUCCCCUGGCGAUUAUGUUGCAGAAGAUCGGCCAUGCGGUGUUAACGGGCAAUACGGUCGUUUGUAAGCCUUCGCCAUUUACACCAUACACUGGGUUAAAGGUCGUUGAACUUGCGCAACAGUUCUUCCCACCUGGUGUGGUCAAUGUUCUUUCAGGCGACGAUAAUCUUGGACCUUGGAUGACUUCACAUCCGGGGAUUGAUAAGAUUUCUUUCACUGGAAGUUCUGCUACUGGAAGGAAGGUUAUGGAGAGUUGUAGUAAGACUUUGAAAAGAGUUACUCUUGAAUUAGGAGGAAAAGACCCCGCCAUUAUUCUUCCAGACGUUGAUGUCCCACUCGUUGCAGCGCAGAUAGCGUUCUAUUCCUUCUUCAACAGCGGGCAGAUCUGUAUCGCUACAAAGAGAAUAUACGUCCACUCCUCAAUCGCUAAGGAAUUUACAACCGCCCUUGUAUCUGUCGUCAAGGGUCUAAAAGUCGGGGAUGGGAUGAAAGAAGGCAUGUUCAUGGGCCCAGUGAAUAACAGCAUGCAAUACGAAAAAGUCCUAGGUUUCAUCGAGGAUAUCAAAAAGACCAGCGGAGAUAUAAUCCUAGGUGGCGACACUAAGAGGUUCAGAUACAAAGCCGAAGAUCAAGAAGGACGGAGCGGGUAUUUUAUCGAUCCUACUAUUGUUUUUAAUCCCGACGAAAACAGUAAGAUUAUGAGGGAAGAACCGUUCGGACCGGUAUUACCGGUUGUAACCUGGGACAAUGAUGAGGAGGUUAUUAGGCGUGCUAAUGAUACAGACAUGGGACUUGGAGCAUCAGUUUGGGGGAAAGAUUUGGAAAGGGCUGAGAGGAUUGCGAGGCAGAUUGAGGCGGGAAGCGUUUGGAUUAAUCAACAUCUGGGUGGGACGGGCGUGGCGCCGUUCGGAGGGUGGAAGGGGAGCGGAAUUGGAGUGGAGAAUGGGAAGGAGGGCUUGGCUGGGUGGUGUAAUGUGCAGAGUUUAUUCAUUAGGGGGGAGAUUAAGAGUGUGCUUUAA